GUCAAAUCCUUAAGUGUAUGUGAACUGUCUGACAGAACUCUAUUACGCAUUCGGCUGUGUGUUCUUUUCAAGAGUGGUGUGGUUAGGUUCUUGUCUGAUUAGAACACUGGCCCCUUAGAAGUCAUGGAGUAUGUCAUCAAGCUCCGUUGGAGUCAGUGGAUCAGAUUCUUCUGUUAGGCUGAGGACUUCGGAUUUACAUUCAUGACUACAAGCAGAAUGUAGCCUAGUGCCUUCAUAAUAAUCUGUGCAGGUAUUCAGAAUGAAUCUGGAAAAGCUCAGCAAACCAGAACUACUGACGCUAUUUAGUAUUCUUGAAGGAGAACUAGAAGCAAGAGAUCUUGUCAUAGAUGCCUUAAAGGCCCAGCACAGAAACACUUUCAUUGAAGAACGCUAUGGAAAGUACAACAUCAGUGACCCAUUAAUGGCUCUGCAGAGAGAUUUUGAGAUGCUGAAGGUGGGAAAUCAUGGCGAAAAGCAACCAGUUUGCUCCAAUCCUUUGUCUAUACUAAAAGUAGUGAUGAAACAUUGCAAGAAUAUGCAGGAAAGAAUGCUCUCUCAACUAGCUGCUGCAGAAAGCAGGCACAGAAAGGUGAUACUGGAUCUUGAGGAAGAGAGGCAGCGGCAUGCCCAGGACACUGCUGAAGGAGAUGAUGUCACCUACAUGCUGGAGAAGGAACGGGAGCGGCUGACUCAGCAGCUGGAAUUCGAAAGGACCCAAGUGAAAAAAUUUGAAAAAGAGCAGAAGAAGCUGUCGAGCCAGUUGGAGGAAGAGAGGGCACGCCACAAGCAGCUGUCCUCCAUGCUUGUGCUGGAGUGCAAGAAAGCCACAGCCAAGGUAGUGGAAGAGGGACAGAAGGCAGGGGAGCUGAGCUUGAAACUGGAGAAAGAGAGGAGCAAAGUGAGCAAGCUGGAGGAGGAGCUGGCCUCCAAGAAGAAGCGGGGUUUGCAGAUGGAGGCACAAGUGGAAAAGCAGCUCUCCGAGUUCGACAUUGAAAGAGAACAGCUGAGAGCCAAGCUGAACCGAGAAGAGAACCGGACAAAGGCACUCAAGGAAGAGAUGGAGAGCCUGAAAAAAGCCCUGAAAGAACUGGAGGUUCCUUGCCAGGGCUCCAACCCUCCUGAGCACUCACAGCAAAACCCUUCAAUGAUGUCCAGAGGUGUAGAAACAGAGAGCCCUCUGGUGAGGUCUGUAUUUUGCCAGACAGAAAGUUCCCAGGCAGACAGAACCAAUCUGGGCAAUGUGGGCAUAACUGCACACAUGGCCCUUCCCAGCCCUGCCACACCUACCCAUCCCUAUGCUAAAGCAAAUGGGCACUGUGACACAGACAUGCAAACAAGGGGUGAGCUAGUGCAGACAGACAUAGCAGAAAACCAGGCACUGCUGAGAGAGAAGCCCGUUGGUCCAGUCCCAGAAAGUGCAGUUGAGAAUGGAAGUUCCCCUGUAAGAACAGAAUCUCCUGUGUAUAUGAUCCCACAGCUUCCUUCUGGUGGGACGUCUCUCUCUCCCAGCAGCACAGCUGCCUCAUCUCUGACAUCUUCUCCAUGCUCGUCCCCAGUUCUGACUAAACGUUUGGUAGGAGCUUCAGGAAACAGCCCUGGUUACCAGUCGUCCUAUCAGGUGGGGAUCAACCAACGUUUCCAUGCUGCCAGACACAAAUUCCAGUCCCAAGCUGAUCAGGACCAUCAGUCGAGUGGCCUGCAGAGCCCACCAUCGAGGGAUUUGUCUCCUACCCUUGCAGACAACUCCGCUGCCAAACAGUUAGCCCGCAACACAGUCACUCAGGUUCUUUCCAGAUUCACCAGUCAGCAGGGACCUAUAAAGCCAGUCUCUCCGAAUAGCUCGCCCUUUGGCACAGACUAUCGGAAUCUGGCAAAUGCUGUGAGUCCAAAAAGCGAGUCCAGCCCAGGCAAAGUUUCUAGCCCGCUGAGCCCAUUGUCUCCUGGAAUUAAAUCCCCAACAAUCCCUAGAGCAGAAAGAGGGAAUCCUCCACCUAUUCCUCCAAAGAAACCUGGCCUGGCUCAGUCCCCGGCGACUCCUACCCCACUAACCAAAACCCCUUCCCAGGCAUCUUCUCUUGGUGCCACCAUGGACUUGGCAAGUAGCUGCUCUAACAAUGCUGUAGUAGCAAACGGUAAAGACAUUGACAUACUGUUGCCAACUAAUAGCUAGUCUUUAGGAAAUGUGAAUGUAGCAUUCCAUGGCUUAGCAUCCUAGAGCUAAGAGACACUGUUUUAUCCACUCCAUGUUAUUUAUUUGGGUAGUAGCAGAAUGUGUCUGUAUAAUACCUUUAGUGUACUUUCUUUUUAGAAAUAGGUAGGAAAUUUUUAUAUUGAUGUAUAAACCUUAACUAUAGAGCUGUAAGGUAGUCCCUAAGGGUGUCUCAUGUCAGCAGUCAAAUGAAACAAGGAGGGAAGAAAAUGUGCUGGGAGCUGACUAGCAAACUAUAAUGGGGCUGAAGCAUUUUAAUUUAUGCAGAAAUCACUUGUGCAGAUUUUUAUUCCAGAUGAACACUGUAUAAAAAGUGCCUGAACUAAGCCUGUGACUGAUUUUGUUUUUCUGUAGAAAACAAAGGGACCAUCUAACCGCAGAAAUAACAGCUCUUCUAUGAAUCAUGAAUGUUUAAAUCACUGGUUUUUAAUCCUUUCCAAUUGUUCUUAAAUCAAAUUUGUAAACAACGUGCUACAGAAUGGAAAUCUUUCAAAGGUGGCCCCAGUUUUGCCCUGUCACAUUAGGAUAUAGCUCCUGUUGACAUCAGAGGAGAUGCACAUGAGUGUGGUAGGGCAGAUUUGGGUCCUACUCUUUAGCUCUGUGCAACCCAAUCCCUUCUCUUUUCCACUGGAGUUGUCCAAAACCAGUGACAGCAUUAAACAGUCAGGGUGGUAGUUUCCUGCAGUUCAUUAAUUUCUCACAUUGGUGUCUCGCUGUAGGUUAAGUGACUAAGGAUUCAUUCCUGGUUCUUCACCUUUGAUUUUAAACUUCUUCAAGCAAUCUACUGUUGGGUGUGUAUGUGUGUGCAGAACUUGUGAGAUAAGGAUCUUGCUAUUACUUGAAAAGAAAUCGCUAGUCAUUCUAUACAGUAAGAUGGGAUCUUUACUAAUAAUCAAAAGCAAUAACUUAUGUUGCUCACUUUGUAACAAUACUGUAUGUCAGACUGAGAUUUUACUGAGCAGUUUGCUAUAGAAUCCUGCUAGCCUCAUUGGCUGCAGCUGUGGAACCAAAUUAUUAACUUUCAUAUAUAAAUAUGCAUAUAUGUAUAGAUAGAUGCACCGAUGUACAUGUUACAUACACAAUGCAUAUUACUCUUAGUCUGGUUAUGUUAUUGAAGUUCUCCAUAAUUCAUAAAGAAAAAGGUAGAAAUACUCUUUAAGAUUAUAAAACAAGAGUAGGUUGUCGUGGUUUUUUUUUUUUUUUUUUUAAUUAGAAAAAAACAUCUGCCUGACUUUUGGACUUCAGUUUGCAACAGAUUCAAUAAUUUUUACCUGUGCUGUGAAUUAAAUGGUGAGUCUACAGACCUCACUGCAAACCUAUGCUCCUCACAUUCAAAUAGGACAGCACCGUCUAGUGUGUGAAGACACUACAGUAAUGGACACUAAAUGUAACAAGAUAAAUAGAACAGAUCAGAGUUACAGCCUGGAAUCUAGCCUGAAUAAGUGUGUAUCCCAAAUGCCAAGUGGCACAGAUUACAAGACUCUGAUCCUAAACUUAGAAAUCAGUUUUGCUGCUUGAUGUUGGCCCACUUUUAGCCUUUCUGCCUACAGCAACGUAGGGCCUGGAGAAGUGUUUCCCAAGUUGGGUGCUUGCUCCUCUGUUUUAAUUAUUCAGCACACAACUAAACAAAGCACUUGAUCCUUUAUUUUAGGAAAGAUUCCUGCAGUGGUUGGGAGGAUGCACUCCUAUACAGGAGCUGGAAGAGACCUAAUUUAUAGGACAUCAGAAUUCUUGAACUGCAUUAGUAGAUGGUGUCCUAGCCAACCCUUUUCUACCCCCCACACAUAAGAACAAUCAGACUCGGUCAGCCCAAAGGUCCAUCUAGCCCAGUAUCCUGUCUUCUAAAAAUGUCAGGUUUGCCCCAGAGGGAAU